UGCAGAUAUGCAAAUGCAAGGCACUAACAUCCGGACAUGGGUUGCACCACCUCAUGAAAUAGCAAGAAAAAAACAUGGAAGAGAAAAAAAGGAAAAAAAACUCUCCGUUAUAAUCUCACAACAGCUCAGGAUUUUGUAUAAAACAAGAAAAAGACAUAGCUGGUUCCUCCUUUGUCUGAGGAUCUUGUAGCCGUUUCUAAAGAAGGAACAAUAGAAGGAAAAAAACAAAAUGUCAUUCACAGGAACCCUCGACAAAUGCAAUGCUUGCGACAAGACUGUGUAUGUGGUGGACAUGUUGACCCUUGAAGGAAUGCCUUACCACAAGUCUUGCUUCAAGUGCAGCCAUUGCAAAGGAACCCUUGUGAUGAGCAACUAUUCCUCCAUGGACGGAGUCCUCUACUGCAAGACUCACUUUGAGCAACUUUUCAAGGAAUCAGGGAACUUCAGCAAAAAUUUUCAAACAGGAAAAUCCGAGAAGCCGGAGCUGAAUAGGACACCAAGCAAGCUAUCAUCGCUCUUCAGUGGAACCCUGGACAAGUGUGCCGCUUGCGAGAAGACCGUGUACCCUCUCGAGAAGGUGACGAUGGAAGGAGAAUGCUACCACAAGACAUGUUUCAGGUGUGCUCACGGUGGAUGUCCACUGACUCACUCGUCCUAUGCCGCCCUGGACGGAGUCCUCUACUGCAGGCACCACUUCAACCAGCUCUUCCUCGAGAAAGGUAACUACAGCCAUGUCCUCCAGUCCGCCCACCAUCACCGCCGCACCUCUUCCGGCAGCACCCCUCCCCCAGAGCCCACCGACUCCGCCCCUGUCCCCAGGAUCGAUGAGGAUGAUGACCAAGGCUCUGAGCCUUGAUCUGGAUUUUCUAUGUUGAUUUCACUUCAUAUGGAUUAUAUAUAUAUAUAUAUGUUGGGGUUAAUUUGAUUCCGUUAUGCAGGACCAAUGUGUUAUUUUUUCUUUCCUUUUUAUAACAAGUCUUUUUGUUGGAUCCAUUUGUUUAACUGAAAGGAAGAAAAUUUGGGUGUAUUAUGAUGUGGUUGGUGGUGGUGUGUUCUUGUUCUCUUCUCGUUUUGUAAUAUGAAGCUUAGAGCGCCUCAUUUCUUUC